GCGUUUUUAAAGUGCUAAUAAUCGUUUCUAAUCCCUGUUUUGGUAAUUAGUUGUUGGUGUUAGUGGAUUUGGUUUUCGUUUGAAGACAUCAACAUGAACAUUUUAAGGAAUUUUACAAUUCUCGUCAGCUCGGAGACCAGGGCAAUACAAGAGUCUAUGGAUCCACAACAACCAAAUUCUGAUGAUGAAGAUUUUCUCAAUGUAUCUGCCGGUAGCAACCCACCGUCUGGAAAACCAGAUAAGAUGCUCGGCACAUCGGACUUUAUUAGUCUUCUGGGGACGAGGGAUGAUUCGUAUUACAUCGAUAAAACCACUCUGUUAGAAGUUUUCCUUAAAUGCGGUCGUAGCCGAGUGCUGCUGACAGCUCCACGCCGUUUCGGAAAGACUAUAAAUCUCUUGAUGCUUAAGACUUGUUUUGAGUUGCAAGUACCACCAGAAGAAUAUAAGAUGCUAUCAGAAGAUGAAUUCCAAAUAAAGGUAAAGGAGACAGCUAAUUACAAGCUGUUUGAAGAGCUUCAGUUGGAAAUAACUAAGAAUCCAGAUUUGAUGAACAAACAUUUUGGAAAAUAUCCUACAUUACACAUUUCAUUCAAAUGUGACAUGCCAAUCGCAAGUUUUUCUGAUGGAGUUGCAUUCUGUUGUGGGAUUUUAAGUAAAGCCUUCAAGAAACAUAAAUAUUUAAUAUCGGAAAAAGCAUUAAGUCAAUCGGACAAAAAUAUAUAUGCCAAAUGGUUGAACCCCGCCGACUGGGAUGAAAGGAAAGCAAUGGAUAGAAGGUUGAUAUCUGACGGUUUGCAAACUUUAGUCUAUUAUGUCUUUGAGAGCUUUAACAAAAAAGUAGUACUACUUAUCGACGAGUACGAUUCGGUUAUCAUGCAAGCAAUAUUGUUUAUAAAGGCAAAAGAUGAAUUAGCGAAGAUCAUACAGUUUUAUUUAGGUAUAAUCCAAGCUGCUGUGAAAAAUGAGAUUGAGCAACAUAUAGAAUAUGCAUUUAUCACCGGAAUUUCCCAUAUUUCCGGAAUGGGUCUUUCUGGUUCAAACAUAAAGCCAUUCAGAUUUCUGGAAAAUCACUCUUUUGUUCCUUACUAUGGCUUGACAGUUAUGGAAAUUCGGAAUUUGUUAAGGAAGACAUAUCAAUUUGAUGAUCAGCGAAUUGCUGAAGCAGAAAAAAAAUUCAACGGUUAUUCUACAGUUUGUGGAGUAAAGAUAUACAACAUCUGGUCUGUGCUAGAACAUGCUAGCAGAACUCAAGAGGAACAUUUUAUAUAUGAUUGGCAAGACACCGGAUAUAUUGUAGGUCUCGAAAAAGCUUUAAGAUUCCCUACAAUUAUGAAAAUAAUUCAAACAGAACUACUGUUGUAUAAACCUAUAGAGAUUAAAAAAUCUAAAACCUUGGUUUUAGAGGAUAUCCUGCAGUUGGUAGAGAUAAUUGGAAAUGUUGACCCUCAGAACGUCGAAUUUCCACGUUAUGACCUUUUUUUCUCAUUUCUUGUUGAGCAAGGCUAUUUGUCAUUUGUAGCUAACAAGUCUGGGCUGCUCGUAAUACCCAACGAACAGAUUAAAGAGAAAAUCGAGGAAAAGAUAACAGACUCUAACAUUAAAGUAUUUAAUAGGAAUAGUAUUCCUACAGAGGACUGCAGAGAAUUCUUUCUGAAAAUAUCUGAGAGGGAUUGUGAUUAUGAUGACUUUAAAAUAUUUCAUACGAGUCUUGAAGAUGUUUUACAAAACUAUGCAGCAAAAUGGAUUAAAAAGAACGAAGAAAACAUCCGUUGUACAAUAAAAAUUCUGAUCAGUACUUUGAAAUUUAAAGACAGUGCUGAACUCAAUUUUAAUUUUACAGAAAAUGGGGUAAAACAUAGCAGAAGAAUCGAUGUUGUCAUUAUUAAAGAUAGUUUUUUAAUGCUUAUCGAAACGAAGUAUAAGGAGAGCAGCAAAAAAGCAAUGCUUGACAUGAGGGACAGGAAUUACUUAAAAGUACUUGAAGAUAAAGAUGUUAUCAGGAAUACCAUAACACGUUUUGUUCUAAUGGGGAUAAACAUGGAUGAGAAUGGACAAGUGUCAAUCAGUUACUUACAGAAUAACCACAACUUUGAUGCUAUGACAUUAAUUCCUUAGGUAUUUACUAGUAUUUCAUUCUAGGUCUAGUUAUGGUAUGUCAGAUGAGUUUUAGUUUUUUCCGUUGUUUAUUCCGGUAAUUUUUUCUUUGCUGCUUAUGUUGAUGAAAAAUAUAUAAUUUUGAUGCA